CGGUGUCUCGUCCAGGAAGUAAACGCUGACAGUCUAGAGCAGAGGAAAGGCAAGAGCAAAGAAAACGGCAUCAGAGUGCAGUUACCUGCUACAGCACGUAAUACAAAUAUAAUAAUGUCUUUAACCGCUUUGACGUCUGCCUACAGACUGAGGACCCUGUGCAGACUGCAGAGAAUCCAGGGCCACAUGAUGUCGAGUCAGGUGGACUCCGGGGUUCUUCUGGAGAAAGUGGGCUGUGCAGGUGUGAUCACCUUAAACAGACCCAAGGCCCUGAAUGCCCUGAACAUGCCCAUGGUCCAACAUAUCUACCCUCAGCUCAAGAAAUGGGAAAGUGACAAUGAGACGGACAUAGUGAUCAUCAGAGGAGCGGGGGGGAAGGCCUUCUGUGCAGGGGGAGACAUCAGAGCCGUCACAGAAGCAGGGAAAGUGGGAGACCCUUUGGCAGAGGACUUUUUCCGUGAGGAAUACACCCUCAACCACGCCAUUGGGACAUGCAGGAAACCAUAUAUUGCCCUUAUUGGAGGAAUAACAAUGGGAGGGGGCGUGGGUCUGUCUGUUCAUGGACGGUUUCGAGUGGCCACUGAGAAGACGCUGUUUGCCAUGCCAGAGACUGCCAUUGGGCUAUUCCCUGAUGUGGGAGGGGGCUAUUUCCUGCCAAGGCUGCAGGGGCAGCUUGGACUAUUUCUGGCAUUGACGGGAUUCCGUCUGAAGGGUCGUGACGUGCAGAGAGCUGGAGUCGCCACUCACUUUGUGGAGUCUGAGAAGAUCCCGGAGUUGGAGAAGGAGCUGGUGGACCUGAAGUCUCCCUCUGCUGAAGACGUGUCCAGAGUGCUGGACUCCUACCAGAACCAGAGCGCUCUGGGUGCUGACAAGCCUUUCGUGUUGGAGCAGCACAUGUCUGACAUUGACAGGCUGUUCAGCUCCAGCAGUGUGGAGGGCAUCGUGCAGAACCUGAAGGCAGACGGCUCAGAGUUCGCUAACAAACAGGCAAAGACGCUGUCCAGGAUGUCCCCCACCUCCCUGAAGAUCACCUACAGACAGCUGCAGGCGGGGGCCGCUCUGAGCCUGCAGGACGUGCUGGUGAUGGAGUAUCGGCUGAGCCAGGCCUGCAUGAGAGGCUGCGACUUCUAUGAAGGUGUGCGAUCCGUGCUGAUUGACAAGGACCAGAAUCCCAAGUGGAACCCGUCCACACUGGAGGAGGUGUCGGAGGAGAGCGUGGAGCAGUGCUUCUCCUCUCUGGGGGAGAAAGACCUGACGUUCUGAUGCUGAACACUUCAUACCCCCCCCCCCCCUGUGUGCUCGGCCUUCUGAGAGGGCUGUACUGCUCUGGAGAUAAAGAACUACAUAAACUUACGUACUCUGACUCUAUAUCUUUAAAUACUGUACUGACAUUUUACAGGAAAAUCCAGGCUUCUCCUCUGCAGUGGAGGAAAAGAGAAGAAGGUCUGAUUCAUGUUCACAAAUCUAAAAUAGUAGUUGAAGAGGUAGUGAGCAGCUGCCCUGUGUCACACAUGAGAAAUGUUUGGAGUAAACUGGCUCUGCAGAGUGUUUUGUACAGCAGUAACUCUCUUUUGCUGCAAAUGCAAGGGAUGUGCCGCACAGCAGCAUAAACAGGAAUACAUGGAGGAGCGAUGAUCUCACCGCUGAGUGCUUUAUUACAUUUCCUGUGGGUGUUUGUUGAUGUGACUUGGAUCCGUUUCAUCUGAUCUUCUGCAGUGUGGUCACUGAGUCUAAUGCAGAUCAUCUAUCCAUUUCUCCCGUUUGUUUUGUCUUUUUCCAGUAUUUAUCCAUUUUCAGUGGCAUAUUUAGAAGUGUAUCAGUGUUCUGAAGAGGGCUGCAUGAUUUGAAAUAAAUUACUGAUAUAGCGACUGCAAUAUAGGAGGGAUUGAUCAUUUUAUCAUUAUUAUUCCCUUUAGCAUCGAAAGAUUUAUUAAAAUGAUCAUGAUUUGAUUAUUUUUUUCCUCACAAAUAUGUGUUGUUUAGUCUAGAAUACUAUUUGGAGGCCAGGAUAUCUCCGCAUCUCAUUAAAAUGUUAUUUUAACAUAUAUUUAACCUUUAACCAAUAUUGUGGUUCCUGCAGUUUGAACAUCAAGCUAGUCCAUGUUGUGAUUUCGAUACAAUUCCAAUUAAUUGCGCAGCCCUAUUUCUGGAGGCAUUAACAUGAUUGUUAUAUGACAAAUACAGUUCUGUAUGUGUGUGAUAGUUUGUGUUUUUAAAGUUGACUAAAUCCCUGUUUUUCAGUAGGUAUCCCGAUACAUUACAAGCGGGCAAUAAAGACAGUUGGUAAUGUAACAUGAA